GAUAGACUUGAUUUUAGCUAAAUUUGGAUAUUGAAAUGUAGACGUACUUGAAUGUAGUUAUCAAAAUUUGGGUAGUUUCAUAUUGAGAUGUGAAUUGUUGGUCAAUUUCGACUUUUGAAUAUAUUACAAUUUUGGUAGCUUUUUUAUUUAGGAAAUUUGAAUGUGUAUAAAGUGUGUAUAUUGAUGCGUACUCAAUUGAAUUUUGGACAAUGAAUUGUUAUUAGAAUAUGGAUUUCUCAAGCUUCCCAAUCGUGUGUCAUUGGGGAGGGAACUAUUAUGAGGAUGCUGGGCAAAUAUGCCAUGAAGGUGGCAGAACGAGCUUUGUCAUGGUUUCUCGUGGCGCUUGCAUGGUCGAGAUCCUUCAAAAAAUACAUGCAGCGACAAUGAUUCAUCCCGGCCGUUCAUUGCGGUUGAAAAUGAAAUUUCCCAUGAACGGGGGAAAGUACAUGCUUAUGCCGCUCAUUGAUGAGCUAGCUAUAACAAAUAUGUGGGGCAUAAUUCAGAUGGAGGAUAUGUCGUCGCUGGAGGUAUACAUUGAGGAAUGCUUUGACGCUAAUGCUACUCAAUCGACAUCAAAUGCUGGUGUAUCUAGGCAUGAUGUCAUUGCAGGGGUGAAUGCAGGGAAGUCGUCAAAGGUUCCUGUACUAGACAUGGUUAUACAGGAGGAUGGCAGGUAUUUGCACAACGGUGCAUCAUUUGUGGAUGGGCAGGGAAGUGAUGAUGAUGCAGACGAGAACAUCAAUGGUGACGACAUGACAGAAUCUGAUGAAGAUGAUGGUGAUACUGUGACAUCAACUGCCCCGUCUAGCCACUUCACUAGAAUGUAUGAUCUCCCUGAAGGUUUUACUGAUGCGUGGAUGAGUGGAUCAGGUGAGAAAAGGUUUACCCCCGAUGGUGAGUUUGAGGUCGGUCAACAGUUUGACAACAAAGAACAAGUCAUCAAUAUGGUGAGCUUGUAUUCUAUCAAACGGAACCAAUUCUAUCGGGUGAUAGAGUCCGACAAACACAAAUGGGUGGCACAAUGCAAAAGGAAGAAAGAAUGUCAAUGCCCCUGGAGAAUACGCGCCACAAAGAAUAAAGGCAACCUUGACACCUUCACAAUUGUGCGUUAUUCUGGACCUCAUUCUGCUUCUUGUGUAGGCAACAUCGACACUACAGAUCACGUGGCCUUGACAUCAGAAUUCAUCUGUAAAGAUGUGGUUGACAUUAUUCGCACUGAUCCUUCUCUUAAAGUGCAUACUAUCAUCGAGAUGUUGAAGGAAAAAUAUGGGUAUACGGUAUCUUACCGGAGAACAUGGAUGGGGAAGCAAAAGGCCAUAGCACAAAUAUUUGGCGGUUGGGAAAAGUCAUAUUUCGAAUUGCCCCGUUUCAUGACAGCGCUCCAACAUUCUAAUCCAGGAACUGUUGUUCAGUGGUACCCACCCCCCAAUGGUGCGACAGGUUAUAUGAUGUUUCAAAGAGUUUUUUGGGCAUUCAAGGCAUCAAUAUCUGGUUUUAAGCAUUGUCGACCCGUACUUACUAUUGAUGGCACACACAUGUAUGGAAAGUACAAGGGCACAUUGCUCGUGGCCAUGAGUUGUGAUGCGAACAACCAAAUUUUCCCAGUCGCCUUUGCAGUUGUUGAAUCCGAGAAUGGAGACAGUUGGCCAUGGUUUAUGGCAUGUAUUAGGCAUUUUGUGACUAACAGGGAGUUGUGUGUCAUUUCAGAUAGACAUGGAGGUAUUGUUAGGGCAAUGAAUGAGGUUGGAAGUAAUUGGGAGGAGCCUUAUGCGCAUCAUAGGCUAUGCAUCCGUCAUCUUGCUUCAAAUGUGCACACUCAUUUCAAAGACAUUCAUUUAAAAAAUCUAUUUGUGUGGACCGCACGGCAACAUCAGAAAAAAAAAUUUGAUGGUGGGUUCAAGAAGAUAGGUGAAAUGAGUAGGGAUGCACGACAAUUUUUGGCCAACAUUCCUCCAGAAAUGUGGUCGCUGCACCAUGAUGGCGGGUACAGAUACGGUACCAUCACUUCAAAUCUGGCUGAGGUUUUCAAUAGCGUCAUGAAAAAUGCUAGAUAUUUGCCCAUUACCGCCUUGGUCCAGGUGUCUUUUUACCGGGUUAAUGCGUACUUUGUGAAUAGGCGUGAAACUAGUAAGUUGAGGCUCACACAAGGCCACGAGUACUCCCCAUACAUCACAGAUUUAAUUGAAAAAAAUAGAGAGAAGGCAAAGCAUCACAUUGUCACUCCUUUUGAUUUAGGGCGAGGUAUAUUUCAGGUGGAGACCGGUUGUGGUGGCAGAACGUUGGGAAAGGGUGGGAGAAAACAAACUGUCCAUCUACAACGGAAAACGUGCACUUGCAAAAAGAUGGAGAUAUACAAGAUUCCUUGCUCCCAUGUAUUAGCCGUGUGUAGACAACGUAGUUUGUCUUAUGCUCCAUUUGUGGAUAAGUUCUUCUCUUCUGACCAAUACGCCGCCACGUAUCAUAGGGUGUUCAAACCGAUUCCUGAUCGUGAUUAUUGGCCAAAUUACAAUGGACCCGAAAUCGUGCAUGAUCCAUCCAUGCUUCGGGCGAAGGGAAGACCAAAGUCGACCCGUAUUAAGAAUGAGAUGGAUGAAGGCCCACGAGGAACGGUUAGAUGUGGAAGAUGCCACCAAACCGGCCAUAAUAGAGCGACAUGUGCAAAGAGAUCAUCUAGACAAGCGGGGGGGUCCGCUGGGUAUGUGUAUAUUUCGAGUCAAUCAUAAUUCAUUAUUUCCUUGCAUGGAAAAUUAAUAAAUUCAAAAAAGGAAGUUAAAAAAAAUGUAAUACAUUAUACAAUUACAACUAAUACAAUUAGAACUAAUACAAAUUUUGUUUGUAGGCAUGGAGGUGAUAGCGGAUCCUGGGCCGAGUGAUCCUUCUGUCCUGACACUGCAGGCCUCACACAGGAGUGAGGAUGUUUGGCUUGGCAUGGAUGUGCAGGUUGAUAGGUGCCGCGAGCAUCUGCGGGGUUUGUCCCAUUUACAUGUCGACCCCAGAGUCCUAGCAUAUGUUCGUGCAGCAGGUUUUUUUACACUGCACAGGUUAGUGGCUACUGUGCCUUUAGAUAGAGCCCUCCUCACUGCUCUACUUGAGCGUUGGAGGCAGGAGACACAUUCAUUUCACCUCCCUGUUGGUGAGGUCACUGUGACAUUGGGAGAUGUGGCUGUACUGACUGGGUUAGAGGUUGAUGGGAGAGCUGUUACAGGCACUGCUUGUCGACAGUGGGUGGAUGAGUGUGAGAGGUUGUUAGGCAUCCGCCCCGUUCUUAGGGCUGACCUUCAGGGGUCAUCUCUUAGGAUGCCAUGGUUGAGGGAGCACUUCCAGGCCCUUCCUCCCGACGCUGAUGAGAUGAUCAUCCAGCAGCAUGCUCGGGCGUAUAUAUUGAUGAUGAUGGGAGCCUCCAUUUUCGCUGACAAGAGCGGAAAUGAGGUUCAGGUGCUACACCUGCCUUUGCUGGAGAGGUUUGAUGUAGCAGCACAGUUUAGCUGGGGUAGUGCCACCCUGGCUUAUCUCUACAGGCAGCUGUGUCGCGGGUGCCAGAGAGGGAGCACAGAGCUGGGGGGAUUUUUGCUACUCCUCCAGAUUUGGUCAUGGGAGUAUAUCCACAUUGGCCGUCCCAUUAUAGUUGGAUAUCAUGGCAUUGAUGGACAGCCACUGCCUGAUGAGCCUCCACGUCUGCUAGGACCACAUCAUGUACGGGGCGUGGACCCUCUAGGCCGUCGGUGGCUAUAUGCUGGUUUAUCUCGCAUGUCAUCCGCUACUGGUCUCGGUGUGUACAGGGAUGCAUUGGAUCGGAUGUCAGAGGACCAGAUCACAUGGAUGCCGUAUAGACCUGAUAUGUUAGCAGAGUUGCCCCCAGCUGGACGAGAGCAGACUCACAUAUGGCGAGCACGUGUGCCGCUGAUAUGUUUUGACAUUGUUGAGCUUCAUUUGCCUGAUAGAGUCAUGCGACAGUUUGGGUUUGAGCAGGUCAUUCCACGUCCUAUCGACACUUAUGUAGAGCUGCAUAAGCUGGAUAGGCGUGGGAAACAUACAGAGGAUUGGGCACUCAGACAUGUCCGAUACGUGACUAUGUGGGAUAGGAGAGCUGAGCUAGCCGUGGCUGGGACACCCACAUAUGUGCCAUCAGUUUCAGGAGAUUACAUGGGAUGGUACUACAGCAUCACUCGGUUGUUUGUGUCUCCUUCGUUCAGACUCCCUACUCAUCAUUAUCAGCCUAGCUCAUUGGCAUUGCAUCUUACGACCCGAGCUUUGCAGCGCAUACAUCAGCGGGCUACUGCCACUGUGACUGAUAUUCCUGAUGUGGACAUGUAUGGACAGACUCUGACAGGCAUUGCCUCGUUAUGCUCAGAUGUCUUGGGUCGAGUAGACUACGGACAUCUUAUACACAUGCCCGCAUCUCAGGAGAUGGCAUCCACGUCUAGUGCAGCCGCGGGUUCAUCAUCCCAGACGCAACAUGAGAGAGUGGUUCUUCAACCACGACAACGCCGUAGGCGUAGACAUGAGCAGCAACAUCUCCAUGACGAAGCUGAUGAUGGGAACUUGUAGUUUGUCUUUUGUAUUAUAGUUUUUCUUAUGCAAUAGAUGUUGUAGGAACAAUUUACAAGUUUUGAUGUAUUUUCUCUUGUUAAGUAUUCUAUGUUGUAUUGAUGUGUUCGAGUAUGAAUAUUACAUGAUUAUUUGUUAUGGCAUAUAUGAUGAUUGAACUGUGUUAUACCGGUUAUGAUUUGAAAGUUUUU